AAAACACUUUCACUUUUAACUAAAGACACUGCAGCUACACCCUGGGAGGUCAAACUGACACUGGAGCCUGUGAUGAGAUGGUUUCUGCCCUAGAACAAAAAAUGAAAUGACUCAUAACAGAUGGACCAUCAAGAUUAAAUGAAGGACCAUCAGGAUUAAAGACUUCCAGGGACAAUAAAAAGGCAAGAGUAAAUGACUUUCAACAGUAAUCAGCGCACAACUACUGCCAUGCUCUGGGCUUCAGCUUUAGCUAAGGCUCCAAAAAGAAUAUAUCUGCAUUAUCAUAGUGGGGAGCAUCUUGUUGUCUGUCCUAACUGAAUUGGUUUAGGCAACACUCCCUCAGGGUCUCAUCCCACAGCCACCACUGAACAGUGCUCCUGGGAACAGCUCUAUUGACAGUAAUGGCAGCACCGACCUGAGGAUUGUGGAGCUCUCCGGGGAAUGCUUCAGCAUCAGGGACUUAGCGCUUUCCCUGCUGGGAACAGAACAGUCUCAAUGUGGCUGAACUCAGUUCUUACCUCCAAAAACACUGUUGCUGCCUGCGCACAAAAUGUUACAGGAUUCACCAUGGAAAGUACCAAAGAUGACUCCACUGGCUUUGCCGGUCUGGGGUUCUUCUAAGAUCCAGUACUUCCAGACUCAUACAAUCCCUGCUGGGCCAGCUGCGCCCAGUAUUGGGAGGAGUCAGAUACCAAUAUCCCUUGCCCUUCAAAGCAGAGACCUUUGCUCAAAGAAACCCCAGGCAGAGCUGGGAGUUGGCAUUUAUUGGAGAACAGAUCCAUGGCUGAGUAUGCAAGCAGGCAAAGGAGCAGGAGGGGAGUGUUCAUGAAAGGAACAAGGGGAGGCUCUGAAACUCUUGUGGAGCUGACUGUGGCUGAGAGGUGCGACUUGCAGAUCGUCCCUCUCUCACACUGUGGUUCCUGCUGAGGGGGCUGCCCAGGAGCACAAGAAUAGACAGGAGUGACUAGAAGUUCCCUGAGGACACCAGCAGCCAUGGCCUUGCCAAGACCAGGGCAGGAUAUCCAAGAGGAAAUCAAAUGUCCCAUCUGCCUGGAGUAUCUGACAGACCCAGUAACACUAGAGUGUGGACACAACUUCUGCCGAGCUUGUAUCGGUGAUUACUGUGAGAAAUGGGAAGAACAUGAAUCUUUGGAGUGUCCUGUCUGCAGGGCCAAGAUCCAAAAAGGGAAUCUCCGUCCAAACUGGCAGCUGGCAAAUGUAGUAGAAGGCAUUAAACACUUGGAGUUUGUUCCUGGAGUGGAGGAUCUGUGUGUGAGCCACAAGAAGGAACUCAGUCUGUUCUGCGAGGAGGAUGGGGCAGCCGUGUGUGUGGUUUGUGAGAGAUCCCCGGAGCACAGUUCUCACAAGGUGCUGCUCAUUGAGAAGGCUUCCCAGAAAUACAAGGAGCAAAUUCAGGAUGAACUGGAGUUCCUGAGGGAAGAGAGAAAAAGGCUUGAAGGCCUGAGAGUGAGUGAGAGUCAGAAACAGCAGGAAUAUCAGGAAAUGACAAAGGCCGAGAGGCAGAAGGUGGUGUCUGAAUUUAAGCGACUGCACCAGAUGCUCGAGAAACAGGAGCAACUCCUGCUGGCCCGGCUGGCAGAGCUAGAGAGGGAGAUUGAGAAGAGUCAGGAGGAAACUGUCACCAGACUCUCUGACAAGAUUUCCCAUCUCAACUGCCUGAUUAGGGAGAUGGAGAGCAAGUGCCAGCAGCAGUCAAGGUAUCUGCUGCAGGACAUCAAAAGCACAUUGAGCAGGUGCAAGAAGGAGCAAUUUCAGCUUCUAGGAGGGAUUUCCCCCGAGCUGCAAACCAGACUCAAUAACUGGUCUGAAUUAAACCUAAGGGAGACUUUUAGCCUGCUUCAAGACAACCUGCAAUCUUACCUGGAGAAGGGCUCAUACUCCAAGGUGACGGUGACUCUGGAUCCACACACGGCUCAUCCCUGUCUUGUUCUUUCUGUGGAUUGGAGAAGUGUGAGACGUGCAGACACACAGCAGCAUCUGCCCAAUAAUCCUGAGAGAUUUGACAGGCACUGUUGUGUGCUGGGCCGUGAAGGAUUCACCUCGGGGAGACACUGCUGGGAGGUGGAGGUGCAGGAAUGGGGAUUCUGGGCCAUGGGGGUUGCCAAAGAGUCUGUGAAGAGGAAGGGAAAGAUCCACAUUAGCCCUGAGGAAGGGAUCUGGGCUGUGCAGCGUGAGCUUGGUCGGUUCCAGGCUCUCACGUCCUCUCAUCCCACCCCCCUGUCCCUGCGCCGGGCACCCAAUAGGGUGCGGGUGUGUCUGGACUAUGCAGGGCGGCGGGUGUCUUUUCUCGAUGGUGAUACCAAGGACCCAAUCUAUGUCUUCCAGCCAGCCUCAUUCAAUGGGGACAGAAUUCGGCCCUGGCUCUGCCUAGGUGGUGUUGAAGUUGAGCUCAGACUGUGUCACUGAAAUGGGGAUGGGCAGGGGAGAUGUCCCACAGGGAAUGAUGGACUUGUCCACUCCAGCCUCCUGCUGUCUGUGACCCAGGGGGGAUCCCUUCUCCCAGCCCUCAUGGCUGCACCUCUGUCACUCUUGGAGCUGCAAUGGAUAACAGGGCACAGUCUGGAUACACAGUCCCACUGCAGCAGGUGUCACCAGGCUGGUUUGUUGCUGCAUGCUAUAACUCUGGAGGACUCCAGCAAGGCUGACUGUGCAGUCCCUCUUUUCGGAAGCCCCUGCUGGGGAGUCUGUGCCCUCCCUCCCAGUCUAUAGCAGCCCAUAGGAUCUCUGCAAAGCCCUGCAAAGUGCCCCUUGGCAUCUUCUGGUCAGGGAGGCCCCUGCUGCAGGACAUGUGUGUAGGGCUGUGUGGGGUAAGGAGCUGAGCCCUGACAGGAGCUGCCCAUGGGGAACUGCUGACCUGGUUUGAAUUUGGGUUGGUUUCAGUCUACAUCCAAGGCUUCUGGGUAGGGGUUUUCAGAUCCCAUCAGUGCCCCAGAUCCCAUCAGGUGUAGUUGCCUCAGUCUCCUCUGUCAACAACAGCUCCACUGCACUGGACACUUGGACUAUUGACAGAAGCAGAAAUUUGAACAAACACCUUCACUUUUUAUUUUUAAAUGCCUUUGACUCCUUGGUGUUAAAUUUCCCCUUUUUCUCCCUGCAUCUUACUGCCCUGGUUCUGCCCCAUGUUCUGGCUCACAUGAGUAGGAUGUUCUCUAUAAGAUGGACACCUCUUUUCUGUUCUUUGCUGCAGUCCUUGUACCUUAGUGACCCAUCUAAAAUGAACUUGAGUUAAAAAUCUGGGUCACAUUAUUAUUUACACAAGAGCCCAUUUGCUCCCCACUAGCACCAGCUUGGAGUUGAUUGGGAUAGGAACUCCAUCGGCCUUCACUGUAUAGACCUUCCACAAAGCUUCAGAAAUACAUUAGGAGUACACAUCCCACGAAAAGGCAGUGGGCUUCAAAAUCAGAUGGAUGUUUCUGAAAAUCUCAAGUUGGGUAGAUAGGUGCAUCAAAUCUUUUCUUGUUCCGUAGCCCUAUAGACUCAGGCUGAUGCAUUUCAUGUUGCUGUAAGAUAGGGAUGGGCAAUUAUUUCGGCUGGAGGGCCAUUUAAUGAGUUUUCAUGAUCUGUCAAGAGCUGCACACAAAAUCUUUAGAAGAUAUCAUUUUAACAAAUAAUAGUUAAAAAACAAAUCAUGUACUAAAAAUCAAACAUUACUGUAACUUAUUUUAAUUUUAUUUAAAAAAAAUUUUGUCCUGUUUUGGUUUUUUGAGUGGUGUAUUUAUAAGUGAUUGCAGAGUAGCUCAAAAUAAAAUCUUACUCUUGUC